AUGGACAGAUCCUUAUUUACACGAGCCAUUUUGUGGACUUAUGAUAAAGACAUUCAACAUGUACCAGGUUUUCUGAGAAAAAGAAUUUCCAAAAUUCUUCUCACAAGCCAAAUAUUCAGGUCUGUGAUAAAAUUAAAGCUGGAACCAAAUACAGAAAUACAGAAGAUAGGAAAGAGAAAGUCUGAUGAUGUAGGUACCGGAACAGGCAAGGUCGUUAAAAGAGAUGUUGAAAGACAAGCUGGAAAUGAAGAACUUGCGUCAGAUGUAAAGCCUCUAGUUUUUGAUGUUUAUGUAAAACAAGAGGGAGACAGCACCUUCUAUUGUACACUAUGUAACAGCCAUGUUGCCAGACCAGUGCUACCUUUACACAUAAAUGGAUGGAAACACAAUUAUCUUAAACAGUCGAAAAUAAAGGAAGAAAAAGAAAAUGAUGUUGCUGAUAAGCCAUUAAAUACUAAUGUACAAGGAGAUAUCAAAGAAGAAACUAAGUUGGUUAUCAACAAACCUAUUCAGACAAAAGUUUCAGCACAGAGAGAAAACACAAAUAAGAACAUCAGAAAAUACUCUAGGUAUGUACUUCUCCAGUUGAGGGAUAACAGGGCAUCAAAAUGUAUACCUCCUGGAUUAAAUAAAGAAUAUUUUGUCGAUGGAGUUUGGAGUGCGACUGAAUAUAAAAACAGAACUUCUUCAAAAACAAGACUGACAAUUGCUAACACUUCCCCAAAACCUAACCAAGCAAAUGAAGAGCCUGAUUUUAAUGUUGAUAAAAAUAGAAAAAGACCAGCCGAACCUUGUAAUGGUUCUUCUCAGGAAGACAGCUUGCAAUGGAAGCGAAGAAGAUAUGAUGAAGAAGAAAGCAGUACCAGUCAACAAAGAAAGAGUUACUAUGAAGGACAUAAGGAAAAUAAAGGAAGUGAUGACAGGCAUAAAACUUCAUCCAUCAGGUCCUUUUAUACGUCCAGACAUUAUUCGUCCACAAGAAAUCAUCAGUCCACCAGACAUUAUCAUUACAGCAGACACCAGUCCACCAGACAUUAUGACAAAAACAGAACUUCUUACUCUGACAAACCUUAUUCAUUUCAUAACUUUGUACCUUAUAACAAAUUACAACACAGUUGGCAGCCGAGAACUGAACCUUCAUCUUUGUCUUCUCUCACCAAAAAUGAUGCAAGGUCAUUUGGAUCAAGCAGUGCAACAGUAAACAAUGAAACUGCCAGUAAAAACAAAGAUGUAAAAGCUUCUAUUGAUAGUAAAAAGGGGUUUGCAGUACGAGAGAAGAGUUCUGCUAUUGGCAACUUUAAAGAUACAGAGGAAACUGCAGACAAAAAAGAGACACAAGACAAGUGCACAAAUAGUGUACAAGUGUUAAGUACAGAAUUAGAAUGUCUUGCAGGUGGUACUGCAAAUAAAGUUGAUGGUGAACAAUCUGCAAAGAAACAAAGCCAAGGAUAUAGUAAAAAAUCUGCAAAGGAACUAAGCGAAGAAGAUAGAACAAAAUAUGCAAAGGAAAUUAGCGCUGUGGAUGAUAACAAUUCUACAACUGAACUGUUUUGUGAGUCAACAAUUUUAAACCUCAAAACUCCUAAAGAAAGUAAAGAUGCUUAUGCAAGUUUCUUGAAGUCCAUUAUUCCUCAACAGCUUAACACAAGUGUUGCUGUGGAUACAGAUUCUAGAGCAGAUGAUGAAGUCAUUGUUAUUGAAUCAGACAAAGAAAAUGAUGAAAAGCCUGGAAAUAAACAUAAGUUUUGUACAGAUAAGGCUGAGCAGAAUGAUUUAAGUCUCUCCAGCCUGAGACGUGAAGAACAUGAUGCAGAAAUUACUGUAAAAGAAGAACCAGUGGAUGAAGAUGUUGUUGAUGUUAAGUCUCAGGUUGCUAUGAAUCUUUCAACUAACUUGGAGAAUAUGUCUGGCCGUGACAAAACAGCUAAUGUACUACCACAUGGAAAUGGUCCAAGUUCAGAAAAGAAAUCGGAAAAGGAAAUCAUAUUAAAGGAUUUUUAUAACAGAUGUCAGAACAGUUCACGUGACAGCAGGAAAAGACCUGCAGAAUCAUGUACAGAGGAGGAAAUAACUCGAGAUUCCAGUAAAACCAUACAAGGCAAAAGUGGAGCAUUAUGGAAACAAAACAGUCAGACAAAAGAGUGUGUUGAUUAUAUCAGUAAACAGAAUGAGGGAAUGAAUAAGAAAUCACAGGAACCUGUAGAUAGCAAUGAAAAGUUACCUGUAACAAAUGUAGAAGCUCUAAAUGAGAAGGAAGUUGCUUACACGAUUUUUGAAGAUGGUGCUAAACUGGGAAAAGCUGACAAAUUACCUUUGACAAAUGUUGAAGCAGUGAGUGAAAGGAUAGAUGAAAGAAAUAAUGCUAUAGCAAUUAGCAAAGAUCAACCAUCAGACAAUGAAGUAGCACAGGAAAUGAACAACAAUGAUGGAAGCUCAAAAGAUACUGAGAAAGAAAGAAAAUCAGCAAAAAGUACAGAGAAAAUACAAAUAAUAGAUAAUGCAAAUGAAGGGCAAAUUAUAAAUAAUGUAAAGGAAAGGCAAAUUAUAAAUAAUGUUAAGGAAAGAAAAAAAUUGAGGAGUGAAACAGGGGAAGAACAAACAACUGACAAAACAGAGAUGAAAGGCCUUUCAACAAAUAGCACAAAUGAAAGACAAAUAAGAAAUGAGACAAUGGAUGGAGGAAAAUCAGCAAAUAAUUCCGAUGAAAAUGCAAGGGGAGAAGAUAAACCAAAAACUGAUACAAAGACAGGACAAAUAGACAAUACAGGUAAAGAAGUAGAAGCAACACCUGAAACAGAAGAAGGACAAAAACCUAAUAAUAACAUGGAAGAAGGGCAAGCAGCAAAUGAUAAAGAGGAAACAGAUAAAUCAACUAAUAAUGUAAAUGAUACACAAACAGAAAACAAUACAUUGAAAACUGAUGUAACAUCAAUUAUUAGAAAAGAAGACAUAACAGCAGAUGGUAAAGUUCAAGAACAAACAGCAAAUCAAACUAAAGGAGAACAAGCCAUAAAUAAUACAGUGGAAAGGCAAACUGGAAAUGAUAUAGAGGAAAAAGAUGAUUUAACAAAAGAUACAAGAGAAGAAGGUAAUUCAACAAAUAUUACAAAGGAAGUACAAACAAAAAGUAAUGUAGUGGAAGAAGGACAAUCUGUAAACAAUACAAUGGAAGAAGGUAAAUCAUCAAAUGGUACAAAGGAAAGACAAACAGCAAUUAAUACAGAUGACCAGGGUAAUUCUAUAAACAGCACUGUGGAAAAACAAACAAGUGAUACUACAGCGGAAGAACAUACAACCAAUAAUGAGGUUGCUGUAAUAGAUCUAGAAGUUCCAGAAGCUAGUAAUGUAUCUGUACCCUUUGGAAAUGCUCAAAAUGAUAGUAAUGAUAAUGUAGUUGUCAUUGAUUUAGAGAACAACACUGAAGUUGUUAUUAUUGACCUAGAUAAACAGGAUGAAGAGAUAUUUAAUGGGAAGCGUGGCGGUAAAUUGAAUAAUAAGAGAAGAGGCAACAUUAAGAAGAGAUUUACAGAUAAAGGAACAAUUGUUAUAGACAAUGAUGAGAAUUCGGAACCAAAGAAUUCAGAAUUAAAAAAACUAAAGAAAGAUGUUGCUACAUUAUACUGUCCAGUAUGUAAACUGCAUGUAGACAGUGACCUAUGGACAGGUCAUAUGAGGGGAAAGAGACAUAGACUAAAUAAACAGAAAAGACUGGAAAGCAAACAUUGUAAGGACCUGUACAAAAUUUGUAUUGAUCAAAUGAGAAAGCAAAUAAACAGAAAGAAGAAAGAAUGGAGGAACAAGCAGAAAGUUAAAUCGAGUGAAUGCGGCAAAGAAUGUAGAAAAAAUAAAAGUACUAGUUAUCAGGAGUCAGAAAUACAAGAUAAUUCUUGCAACACACAUGAAAAUGCCAUGCAGAAACGUUGCAGUAAGCAAGAAGGGUUUAGAAAGACAACAGUUGAAAACAUUGUAAAGCCUGAUGAUAAUUCAGUUAUACUGAUUGACUCUGAGCAUGAGGAGGAAGCACAGACUAUUGGAACAUUGGGUCAGUCACAUGAUACAGAUUCAAAUGUUGCUAGGCAACGUUCUUGCUGUUCUAUAUUUAGUAACAACACAAACAGGAGUCAUUGUGUUGGAGAAGGUUGUAAUGUCCAAUCUAGUGGAACAUUUAGACAAGAGGGUUUACAAAUACCUGAUCAUUCUUGUCAAGGUAUACAUUAUGAUUGUAAUUUUUCAGCAGGUUUUGAUGGUGUAAUUGAAAGAAUUGAAUUUCUUCACAAUAAACCAUGUUCUAUUGCUGUAAUCAUACGAGUUCCAGAACACGACUAUCCCUCAGUACUGCCCUCGAUCAAUUACUCGGAGAUGUUAGUAAAUCCAGACUGUUACAACUUGAAACAGAUACAGUGGGAGACUGGCUGUUAUAUUGAACUGAAAUACCACCAAUCGGAAGAAAAUGAGUCGACUGUCACAUCCCAAAGAAGAAGAAAAAGAAAUCCAUAUAUAUUGGUGAAAUCUUAUCAGCAUGCUGAACAAGCAUUUGCAUGCAUAUCUGUGGCAAUUAGGAAGAUCAAAGAGUUAAUGAACACAAUAAAGAAAGGUGCAGGUGUUACUGAUCCGGCACAUCACCCUGCUUAUUAUUACGGCUACAGGAGAAACAAAUAUGGUGUAAAAUAUCGUUAAUGGACAAUGUUGUAUCAGACUGUACUGUAGUUGUUAUGUUUCCAUGGUAACAGGACAAUAAUUACACUAAAAGAUAAUGUUGGAUGAGCACAAUCAUGGAAAAGGUUAUGUAGGAGAUUAACACAGACUUUGCUGGAACAUAAAUAGAUUAGCCUUUGCCACCAUUACAGGGUCAUGCCAGAUUUCAUAUCCAUGGAUUUUGACUUAAGACUCUGUACUGUUGGCAACUCAAUUUGUUUAUUUUGAUAUUGAAAUCCCUUAAUUUUUGUACGGACUAAUUGAAUUUAAAAGCAGACUUAAUACAGUGGUUAAUAAUAUUUAGUAAACAGUGAGCAUUCAUUUGUUUUCAUGUCCUGGAGCUGUGACAACAAUUUAACUUAGAACUUUAUUCUUGUGACUUGUUACAGUGAGACUGCAGCUGCUAUUCAGAUGACUGUUCCUUGAUGCUAUAUAAAUCCUAAUAGUGCUUAAACUGACUGUUAAGUAAUUGUGUAAGUAAAUUCUUUAUUCAUUGAGGCAACAUGGAUGGACAAAACAAAAUAUUACAUUUGUUCAUAGUGAUUGUAACUUAUUUAUUUAUUUACUUUUAGUCUGUGCUACAUAUUUAUUUAUUUACCUUUUGUCUGUGCCAACUUAUACAAUCAAAUACUGUUUCUGUGAUUGAUCACAUCUAAAUACUUUUUCUGAAAAAGAUCACAAUGAAAUACUAUUUCUGAAAAAUUUAAUGAUCACAAUUGAUAUUUCUGUAAAUGAUAACAAUUAAAUACUGUUUCUUUGAUUGAUCACAACUAAAUACUUUUUUUCUGGAAAAAGAUCACAAUGAAAUACUAUUUCUGUAAAAUUUAAUGAUCACAAUUGCUACAUGUAUUUCUGUAAAUGAUCACAAUUAAAUACUGUUUCUGUGAUUGAUCACAACACCUUUUCUGAAAAAGAUCACAAUUAAAUACUGUUUAUGUAAAUGAAUG